ACUCUCACAUAGAUAAAAGUUAAAAAUAUGUUUAUUUUUUCCUGUUCAAAAACUGUUGUAAGUUCUUUCAUCCAUAUUUAAAAGAAAAUUUUGAUCUCCUAGUUCAAUUAAAACCUUCAAACAUGGUGCCAUCAUACUUUGCUCGUUGUCUUAGCAAAAUGCUAGUGCUCCUCAGCCUCACUAAUGAAAUUUUGUGUUUUGAGAUGCCUGCGAGCGAGCUAAAAUAUGGAACAAGUUUUAUCACUGCGCUGAUGUCUCACUGAAUAAUAGAAAACAUGGUUUGCAUCCAGAGUUGACUUUUCAGCAUUGUGUUAAUUUUAGAACUAGAUAUCAGUUCUGGGCUGAAGGAGUGCAGAAUAAUCUAUGACUUCAAGUGUACUAGUUGUUUUUUUGUUAUACAAUACUAUACAAAAAAAAAAAAUGUUCUUUCUUGUCUUAACUGUCAAUAUUUUGAGUUUAUCAGAGCAUUAUCAUAUUAAUUGUUCUUUUGAAAAAUUUUGCAAGUGUUCUAAAUCCUUAGGAUUAAAUAAAAUCUUAUUGAUUGCCUUUUUUCCAAAUUAUAUUUGAUGAAACUCAAACUACUUUUAAACAGUAAAGAUACAGUACUUCAUUUUAAUAUUCUAAACAGCAUCAUUGAGGUAUAGAUACUUUUAGUAAAGCAAAAAUAGAGCCAGUAGAAUCCGAAUUAUCUGAAAUAAAGACACUCAUUUGAUUCAGAUAAUCUGGAAACUCGGCUAAUAUGAUGUUUUGGAUGGAUGUAAUACAUAAAAGUUUUUCUAAUCAUAAGAUGAUCUGUAUUUUUUAAGGAUUUCAAAUACUAUAAAUUACUUAAAAGAAUAUAAUGUGCUCAGUUUUAUUUGUCUUUAAAAAAAUGUGUGCAUUUGCAAUUUUUUCAGUUAUACCAAUGCAGAAAAAUAUUUUAGAGAAGCACUUGAAAAAGUACAGACUAGUGGACAAACAGUUCUUCCAGAGAAAUGGGAACCACUAUUGAAUAAUUUAGGUCAUACUUGUCGAAAAAUCAAGAAAUAUGAAGAAGCAUUAGAGUUUCAUCAACAGGCUCUAGUUCUAGCACCUCAAAAUCCAUCUUCGUUAUCAGCAAUUGGUUACGUUCAUAGCUUAAUGAAAAACUGGGCCCUUGCUGUAGAAUAUUUUCAUAAGGCUUUGGGAUUACAAAAAGAUGAUACUUUCUCAACUAGCAUGUUAACUUAUGUAAUAGAGAAUCUUAUGAAUGUAAUUACUCCGUGCGAAGAUGUGCCCGAAGAACUUCCUUCGUACGAAUUUUCUCUUCUAAGUCAUUCUGUUCGAGAUGAGAGUGGACACGGGGAAGGUCCCAGUGAAACUAGUAUGUCCAUAUCCAUAGAAGUCGAAAUGGAGGAGACAGAUCAAUGAAAGAAAAAAAUCUGAAUUGUUAUAUAUAAAGGCCA